AUCAGGUUGGUGACCUCUCACCUUUACCCCCUGCGAGCUGACGUCCACCAUUUUGUUUGGCGUCGUCGUCUCAUCCCCUUCAAACUUACGCGAUUUUUACGUCAUUCCAGAAGCCGUGGAGACCGCUAAUCACCAUAGACUUACAGAAAUGCAAGAUUCCGGUCUUGAACUUUUAUGCGGAGACCAGUGUCCUGGAGAUCCUGGGAAGGAGAGUAAGUCCACAGAAUACCCUGGGAAGGAGAGUAAGCCCACAGAACACCCCGGAAAGGAGAGUGACAGCAGGGAGACCCAGACAACAGUCAUGGGCCUGCAGCAGGAAACGUGUGAUGUGAACUUUCCCCAACCUGACAACACAUCAACCUUACAGGUACAGGAGAGCAGAGGCAAUGUGGGAAGGUAUGUGGUUGAAAACGCCGUUGAGAAACCCUACAUAUGUGGGGAGUGCGGGUACAGGACAGCUAGGAAGUCUGACUUAUCUCAGCAUAUGAGAAUCCACACAGGAGAUAAACCCUACAAAUGUGGUCAGUGUGAUUAUUCUGCUGCACAGAAAGGCCACUUGGACCAACAUCUAAUGAAACACAGUGGUGAGAAACCCUACAUGUGUGGGGAGUGUGGGUACAGGACAUCUUGGAAGUCUCAUUUAUCCCAACAUAUGAGAACUCAUACUGGUGAAAAACCCUACAAGUGUGACCAAUGCGGAUAUUCUGCAACCGAUAAAUCCGAUUUGGUCAAGCAUGUAAGAAAACACACCGGUGAGAAACCCUACAUGUGUGGGGAGUGUGGGUACAGGGCAACUCAGAGGGGCCACUUAUCCAAUCAUAUGAAAACACAUACAGGUGAAAAACCCUACAGGUGUGACCAGUGUGACUAUUCUGCAGCACAGAAGUCCGCUUUGGACCAACAUCUAUCAAAGCACAGUGGUGAAAAACUCUACACGUGUGAUGAGUGUGGGUACAGGACGGCUUAUAAGACUAACUUACCUCGACAUAUGAGAAUCCAUACAGGUGAAAAGCCCUACAAGUGUGACCAGUGCGACUAUUCUGCAGUACAGAAAGGCGACUUGGACGACCAUCUAGCAAAACACACUGGUGAGAAACCCUUCAUGUGUGUAGAGUGCGGGCACAGGACAGCUCGAAAGUCUGACUUAAAUAAACAUAUGAGAACGCAUUCAGGGAAAAAGCCCUUUAAGUGUGACCAGUGCGACUAUUGUACUACACAGAAAUGUAAUUUGGACCGACAUUUCAUGACACACACCGGUGAGAAACCCUACAUGUGUGGGGAGUGUGGAUACGCGGCAGCUAAUAGGUCUGAGUUAUCCCGACACAUAAGGACCCAUACGGGAGAAAAAAACUUAUAAAUGCCAUCAAUGUAACUACUCUGCUGCUAAAAAGCUCGCCUUUCGAAACAUUUGACAAGACAUGUUCCAAACAACCUACAUCUACAUGUGUGACAAAUGUACAGCAUACAACGUUUAUGUCUUAAAACGUGAACGGUCAUGUGAGAAAAAAUUGCAUCCAGGAGUGAAGAUGUUAUCUGUAGACUUGGUCUGUAUCUCGGUCCGAUAACUACUCUGUAUAAAGGAAAUCAAGAUUAGAGGCAGACAUGUUCAUAUAGCCUGGCGAGAUUUGUAGCAAGAGGUUGGGUUGAACUAAUGGCUAAGUAAAAUUGCACCUAAUACUUUAUAGCUUUAGGUUAUGUACUUAAUAUAGUUUUAGUACUUAUGCAUAGAUUUACCUUUUAUUUUUGUGUUAAACUCGACUGUUUCUUCUUAGACUAGUUAACCUGUAAUUUCGAACACAAACAUUGGACUCGCCAAAAUUUUCGACUGAACAGCACCAGUCUUUUUGAA